UGAGCGCCGCGCCGAGCACCGACGUGCAGCACCGAACAACCGAGGAGGAGAACCCGAGAGCCGGCAGCUCCGGAGCAUGGCGCGGGAGCUGAGCCAGGAGGCCGUGCUGGACUUCCUCUGGGGGGCCGGGGGCCGAGCCCCCAACGCGGCGCUGCUCCGCCACUUCCAGCGCUUCCUCCGCGACCCGGCGCUGACCGAGCAGCAGCGGCGGGAGCGCCGCGAGUACUUCAAGAGCCUCGUCAAUUCCCUGGCCACCGUCCACCCCGCCGCCUCCCCCGGCGCCUCCAAGGACAUCGUCCUCCGCCGCAGGUACCGCGACCUCCUCGACGAGGAGCUGCCUCCGGCGGCAGAGGAGCAGCAGAAAGAGGAAGAGAAGGAGGCGCCGCCGCCCCGAAGCGACCCCGACGGGCGGCACGGUGUCCCGGGGCAAGCGGUGACAAAUGGACGGCCGGGCGGGGGGCAGCUCCCGGGGGCCACCGUGGCGGGGGGCUGCGCGGCCCGGGGUCGCGGCGGACCCUGCUGCGAGUGCCGCCGGGCACUCCGCGCUGCCGCCCCCCAGGGCCCGGGGGCUCCGCUCCCCGCCGGGCCGCCCCCUCGGACCCGCACCCCGCCGCUCCCCGCCGGGCCGCCCCCUCGGACCCGCACCCCGCCGCUCCCCGCCGGGCCGCCCCCUCGGACCCGCUCCCCUCCGCUCCCCGCCGGGCCGCCCCCCUACCGGUCCCGGCCCUUGUCGUCGGGUCCCUGGGCGCUGCACCUCGACGGGCCAUCCCGCUCCCAGCCCCCGGCGCUGCCCUUGGGUCCCGGGGCGCUGACCCCCCUGGGGCCACCCCCGUACGAGACCUUGCGGUUGCCUGCUGCCAAACCGUCCCGAUCGCCAUCGCCACCGCUGCCCCCGGCCCCCGGGGUGCUGCCUCUCCCUGGAUCAGCCCCGUUUGGGUCCCUGCCGCCACAACGCCCUAGAGGGCCGACACCAACCCAGUCCUUGCCACUGCCAUCGGGCCGCGGGGGGCUGCCCCCCGACCGGCUGCCUCAGCCACCGCCUCUGCCACAGCCCCCCACCAGGAUGCCUCUACUGAAAGCCUCACCGCCCUCAGCAGGUCCAGGGGGGCGGGCACCCGCCGUGCUGUCAUCGGACCCCAGGAUGCUGUCCCCCACCCGGCCUCACCUAUCUCGGUCCCCACAGCCCCCCCCAACCCGGUCCCUGCUGCUGCUGUCCACCCCGGGGGUGCUGCCCCUCUCCCGCUCCCUGCAGGCGCUUCCUGCCAGCCCUUCCCCAUCCCCACCACUUCCAGGUGUGCUCCCCUCCACCAGGCUGCCCCCAUCACAGUCCAGGUCCCUGCAGCAGCUCCCCACCAGGCCGUUCCGGUCCCCACCGAGGGAACGCAGGGUGCUGAUUCUCAACGGACCAACCCAAUCUCAAACCCUGCCACUGCCACCAGGUCCUGGGGUGCUGCCCUCCACCGGGCCAUCCCCAUCCCGAUCCCCACCGCAGUCUCUCACCCAGCCACCCCCAUCCCAGUCCCUGCGGCCACCUUCUUCUGCCAGGCCACCUCUAUCCCAGUCCCUGCUGCCAGCACAGGGCCCCACAGGGCCCCAGGCUCCAGAGAGCAGCCCCCCAGCACCCCUGCCUGUCUUCAGGAGCAUCAGGUGCCAGCUUGCAUUGUUGGAGGUGCAGGGCAUGCCCCCAUCACUGCCAGGGGACUGUGGGCAGCAGCCCCGCACCAUGCCCUCCAAGAGCUCGCCUAGGAAUGUCCCGAGCCGGGCGCUGGCCGUGCCGCUGGGGCAGCGGGAGCACACCUGGCUAGUGGCAGCAUCAGCGGGGUGCUGGGCGCAGGUACGUGGGCUCUUCCUGGAAGAGCCAGAGCUGGCCCUGCAGAGGGACUUCAUGUCAGGCUUCACGGUCCUCCACUGGCUGGCCAAGCACGGUGACGGGCCAGGCUUGCAGGAGCUGGCAGCAGCAGCACAGCAGGCUGGGCUGGCCUUGGACGUGGACGCCCGCUCGGGCUGUGGGUACACUCCUCUGCACCUGGCUGCCAUACACGGCCACCAGCUUGUCAUCAAGGUGCUGGUGCUGCAGCUGGGGUGCCAGGUGCAGGUGCGGGACAGCAGCGGGCGCCGGCCAUGGGAGUACCUGGGCAGCUCCACCUCGGGGGAGAUCUGGCAGCUCCUGGAGGCACCCAGAGGCACCAUCAUGUUCCCCACGCAGCCCCUGGCCCGCAGCGUGUCCUCUGCCAGCAAGGUCUCGCUGUCGGCAGGCAGGGCAGCGCUGCCUGCCUGCCUCAGGCUGCAGCACGGCCGCGGGGCUGCCUCCCACCGAACGGGCAGCGAGAGCGACUGAGCUCCCUGGCUUCCCCUGACUAGUGGAGAUGGCACCUUGGUGGCCAAUCCACGAGAUGAAGCCAAGCAGGCAGAACAAAAAGCUGUGAAACAGAUCGAACCUGUCAAAGAAUGUACUUUUAAAUUAAUCCAA